AUGCAAUCCACCACCAUAAGGCGCCGUUCACGGCGUAGAAGAUCAGGGUUUAUUUCACCGCCAGUUCCUGCCAACAACGGGAACGGCGGUGUCCAGUCGCUUUCAGAAGAUGAUGAUGAGGGUGAUGAUCGCCCGGGACUGGGCAAAGGAAGGGGCAAGGGGAAAGGAGACCCAGACAAAUUCCCUCCCGAACCAAUAUCGACUUCUGAGGCUAUCCCCCCAAGUUCAUCUCUAAUUCAACCGCCACCCACGACGUCGGAUCUCCCCACUAGUAGCACCUCCUUAGAGAUUCCUGAGUCGACGUCGCCUUCUUCAAUAUCAGCGCCGGCGCCACAGACUUCAUCCCAUAUCGAAACUCAACCUGCGUAUUCCACCACAUCAAGUAUCCCACCAAUCCAAGCCUUGAACAACGAGCACAGUCUACGUCCUGGGCAAAUAGCGGGGAUAGUCGUUGGCCUCCUAGCUUUUGUUCUUCUCACCAUCGUCUCGGUGUUAUUUGUGCUUCGUAGCCGAAGAAGAAGAGCCAAGAAGUACUCGGGUCAGAAGGGCUUGCUCGAUUCCACGCCAGCAACACCCCAACCAACACCUUACACCAAACACGAGACAGCAGAGCCGCCCACAGUGGAAGAUCCCCAGCUAUUUAACACCACCGCAAACAGCACCACCGAAAAAGUCAUCCCACCCACAACCCGACUCUCCCAAUGGCUCAACCAGCUCCGACACUCCCACAUCCCCGGAACGGGAACGGGAACCGGAACCAGCAGAAAAAGCCUCCCACACAUCACCAUCGGCGCCACCAGCAGCACCCCCUCCGACACCGAUGACUCCUCCUCCAUCCUCUCCAUCCCCACAACCUUCGUCACCCGCCAGGGCCGCGGCAGCAACACUAACAGCACCUUCCUCCCCACCACCCCCCUCCACCACCCGCGAUACGUCACCCCCCCAGCCCCGCAACCACCACCACCACCACCACCUUCCCAACGACAAGGAGCAGAAAAACAGAACCUCCAACCACCCCCCUCACCACUAAGAUCAAGCGGCCAGAGCAAUCGGAUGACCAUCUUCGACAAACGGUGGCCCGCAAGGGAGGGGAGGAUCCUCCCUCCUCCUCCUUUGACACCGACCUCGCCGUGGGAGUUUUUCUACAGCCUGCUCCCGUCCUUGCCCACGGCGACGCGACUCUCGGUGGCUGGGGUCUGUUGUUUCCCGUCCUUUUUCCUUUGA